AUGAAAAUCACUAAAGGAAAGCCAAUCUUUAUUCACGGUGGAUAUGCUUAUAUUGUUGAUAAAACAUCGGGUGAUAAAACAAUAUGGUGUUGUGAUCGAAAACGCCAUGGGCAGUGCAGAGGAAGAAUACAUAUAAUUAACGACAAUGUCGUUUUAUCAAUCGGCGAACACAGUCAUGAGCCAAAAGCAGAGGCAGCUGAAAUGAUAGCGGCAAGAACACAAAUGGCCAAUGAAGCGAAAAUGGCAAGUAAAAAAAUUCAUAACAUUGUUGCAACUGAUAUCACCGAUAUCAUAUCGGUCAAUUGUCAAGCCAAGCUGUAG